UUGAGUUACGAGUUAUGCUCACUAAAACAAGUGUAUGCACACGGCGACAGCACCUUACAUUAGGUUGAGCAAAUAAAACUUUACCAUGGAGAAGAGGACUUUUGUCUCAGCCCUGUUUUGUCUCGUGUGGUCAGCUGCUGCUGCCAUGCAGGUUGACAUCCCUCAGGAUCAGUAUGAGUUUGCCAGAGGAGACAACGUCACUCUGCCCUGCACAUUUAAAAGCGCUCUACCCAAUCCACCACUGGCCGUUAUCACAUGGUCUGCUGGUGAGGACGUGAUUCUCACCUACUAUCAUCCCAGUGGAGACAUAGACGUAGACAUUAAAUCAGAGGGUCGGGUGUCUGUGGAUGCAAAUAUUAAUGGUGGAUCUGGGAAAGCUGACCUUAAGGUUUCCUCUGUCACAUCGGCAGACAACAACAAAUAUAAGUGUCACGUCCAGAUCCCCAAAGACCUCGGAGGCAAAGUUGCUGACACAGCAACAUUGACUGUUCUAGUGGCUCCAUCUAAACCCAUCUGCAAGAUUCAGGGUACAGCAUCGUACGGCCAAAACAUCAACCUCACCUGUGUUUCUGAGGAAGGGUCUCCUUCUCCAACUUACAAGUGGAACAGUUAUGAUGUCCUAAACAAUCCUCGUUCUCAUGACCCCAGAACCACUGAUAAGGGAGGCAUCCUGUCUCUGUACAACAUCACCAAAGAAACCUCCGGAUUCUACAUCUGCACCUCACAAAACAAGAUUCGUUCAGCUUCCUGCAACCUCACAGUCUCAAUCUUACCACCAUCCAUGAACAUCGGUUCAGCUGCAGGAAUCACUGGAGGAGUCAUCGCAGCUUUGCUCUUACUGAUUGUUAUUAUCUUUUAAUUUUGCUGCCGAAAGAAGGAUGACAACAAGGAGAAUUAUGCCAUGGAACCAUAAUAAAUAUAUAUUUUUCCACUCCUUUAGCUCUAAACAAGACCCAAGACAUUUAAAGUCUCACAGAACUCAGAUUAAUAGAUCCAUGAAUUAGAUUUUGCAUUCACACGACAGAAACUUUUUAGAUUUCUGGUAUUUUUUAUAUCAAAUUUUGUGUUAUCUCUUGACUUGGGGACGUUGUAAAGGUUUGUCCGUGAAACAUGCUUUAGUAAAUUCACUUUAUU